UCUAGAUCUGUGUGUCGGCUCCGUCUCCUUCCUCCACCCCAGCCUCAGUUUGAGGUUCCACUCAUUUUCCUCGUAUUCUUUCCCACCUGACCUGAAGUCCCCUCCAUGUCCUCAUUUGGGGUUUUCCCUGCUCUGGGUUCUUCACAGAACAGGGUCAGCUGCCCCAGAUGUCCCCGCAGCACAGAGGACUUCCGGGGCGCCUGCAGCACGCCUUGCUGUCGUCGACAUCAUUGCCCAGGCAGCCCUGCACUCACAGACACUGACGCCAUCUCUGCCCCACUCUGUCCCCCAACCUGUCCUUCCCCGCUGACUUCCCUCGGUGGCUUCCAUUUUUCCCUCUUAGACCCUCAGCCAAAGCCCACUGUGCCUCUCGAAAAUAGCCACAAAGAUCCAAACACACCCUGCUGGAGGGGGGCUCUCGGGGCAGGUUCCCCAUCCCGGCACUGACGCGGGGACGCGGCCUGGGAAGGGUCAGGACCCUCAGGUCUGGACUCCGGAUGGCCACAGACACGCUUCUCCUCUGGUGGCUGCCGCCUAUUCAGAGCGCUAAUGUCAGAAGCCAGAGGGGUCUCGGUGCUUCUCAGCAGGGUGACGCCAGCCGCCAACUAUCACUCAAAGCAGCAGUAGCUUAGUUCCCUUAUCUACGGCUGCAGAAGGACAGUGGUCUAAAAGGCCGUGGGGAAAUUAAAGGCGGGGUCCAGGAGAAGAGGGGAGGAGAAAACGUCCCCGUUCCUUUCAGAGGCUCCUGAGAGGGUCCAGAGUUCAACUGGCUGCUGAACUCAGCUGAUCCCUGCGAGACUGAAGGGGCAGAGCCACCCAGGCAAUAACAGUGAGUGGCUCCUCUUGUCCCUGAGGGUCUCAACCAGCUCGCUCAGAAGGAAGCCGUCUUCCCGCCGCCCCAGGAAUUCCCACGGCUCCCUGGAUGGUGGAUCAAGAGACUGCGCCCCUCCCCGCAGGAACUCGGUCAAGUGGACAUCCAGAAAAUGGAUAAUUACACAGCCGCCCCAGACGACGACUACGACGUCUUCAUCAGCGAUGGUCCAAAGAAGAACGACGACGAGGUGGAACCACCACCGUGUGACAGAUACAUGGCCCAGGUCCUCUCAGCCCAGCAGGUGCUGCCGUUCAGCGGCACCCUGUUGGUGGCCGGUCUCCUGGGCAAUGCCUUGUUUGUGUUUGUCCUGGUCAAAUAUAAAGGACUGAAAUACGUGGACAAAACCUAUUUUCUGAACUUGGCCAUUUCCAAGAUGUGCUUCUUGCUUUUCCUGCCCUUCUGGUUUCACACUGCUCUGGAGAGAAGACGCGCCGAGGAGCCGCUAUGCUGGGUUUUCGCAGGACUCCGCUCGGUGGGUGUGUUCAGUGAGGCGCUUUUCAACACCCUCCUGAUCCUGCAAAGGUACGCGGUGUUUUUCCACGUGAGAUGGUUGUCCCCAGCCUUCAGGACGACGCCGGGCACUGUGAUUACAAGUGUUCUGACGUGGGUGGUGGCCUCUCUGGUCGCUUUGCCUGAAUACGUAGUGCUUUAUCAACCUCAGGUGGGAUUCCAGGGAGACCAGUGGUGCCCCUUGAGCAGAUCCCACUUUCUGCCAGCUCAUGAGGCCUUCUGGAAGCAUUUUCUGACUCUGAAGAUGAACAUUUUGGUACUGGUUUUCCCGCUGCUCGUUUUUGCAUUUUGCUACGUGCGAAUGAGAAACCCACAGAGGCUCAGGGAGAGUCCGCCGGACCUUUCUAGGCUCCCUUUUGCCCUGACCGCCCUCUUCCUUUUGAUGUGGGCACCCUACAACGUCGUGCUUUUCCUGUCUGCUUUCAAAGAACACUUCUCCCUCCAGGACUGCAAGGGCACCUACCGACUGGACAUGAGCGUUCAGGUCACAGAGAUCGUGGCCAUCGCCCUCUGCUGCGUCACCCCUCUUCUCUGUGUGUUUCGGAACAGGACACUCAGGAGAUACCUCUGCAGGCGGCUCCUCUGGUGUAAGGACACCUCGCCUCAGCCCAGCGAGGGCUCAGACCCAGGUACAUCAAGGCAAGAUGAAGUCCACAGCACUGAAAUGUAAACCAGCUAGCACCAACCGCAGGACAAAUAAAUGUUGACUUUUGCUCUC